AUGGUUUCUCAAGAAUUUACUGAAAAAGCUGAUGCGGUCCAAAAGUUGACCAAACGUCCCUCCGACGACGAAUUGUUGGAUUUGUACGGAUUGUACAAGCAAGCCACUGUUGGUGAUAAUGACACGGCUGAACCAAGUGCCUUCAACUUCAAGGCUAAGUACAAGUGGAAAUCAUGGGACAAGUUAAAGGGUACUUCUCAAGAAGAAGCCGAACAGCAAUACAUCAAGUUUGCUGACGAGUUAUUGGCAAAAUACCAAUAG